AUGGGCCCGGCGCCGCGGGACCCUCCGCACUGCGCUGCCGGCCCAACGGAGACCGAGCGCCGCUUCCGCCUCGCGCACCUCUGCCCUCUCACCCCGCCGGGGUCACGCCGCCGACGCGAUGACGUCAGGGGGCGGUGGGGGGAGCCGGAAGGAGCCGAAGGAGGGGCCUCGGCGCCGUGGCUCACCGCGAGGCUUAGCCGUGAGUUCUCGCGAGACUUGGCGCCGCGCUGCCUGACGAGCCCGGGCUGCGGUUGCGGCUCAGGACCGGAAUGCGGCCUCGUGUUUGCAGAGGGGGGAGGCGACGUCCUGUCACGGCCGGCUGUGGCGCGUCAGCACGGCGGCACGCUGCGCACAGGGGCGGGCCCCAUUCCUUUCUGCCACAACGCCACCGAAGAAUUUCCUCCGCACUGCUUCCAUAUCUCUGCACUCAGAGCCCGCCGCGCCAGUUUCCCCAGAGGGCAGCACUGCGAUCCGCGGGACACGCGGCUCGGCGGUCCUCAGCGGGCUUCUCGCCGUGCUCCCUCCGGUCCCAGCAAACACCUGAGCAGCGCUGCCUGCGCCCCUUCCCCGCACCGGGAUGCUGCUGUCCCGGGGCCGUGGCUGCGCAGGCGGUGAGGCUGGAGCUGGUAUGGAGCUAUGAUCUUUGGGAGCAGAGCGCUGCUCCCGGCCCCCCAGCACACGGCUGCAGGAGUGCACUGGGAGGCCCAGAAUUGUAUUCCAGCUGGCACCGUCCAAAAAGCUCUGCACUCUGGAGGUGAAAACAGUCUCUCUCUCAAGUACACAAGAGGAGAGCUGACGACUGUGGAGUUUUUGCAGGAAUUGGGACAGCAGCGGUGCUUUGAGAUUGCAAGUAUCUGUGUUCCAGUGAACUCUUUCCUCACCAACUUAAUCAGAAGUGAGAUGAUAAAACAGCUCCCCAUAAUGGCAGAAGCAACACAGUGUAUCCAUGCAGAUGGUCUUAAGAUAGCUCUUCUAAGCAACAGCUUCCAGCAGCAGCCAAAUGGAGAGAGCUUUCUGCCCCUGGACCAAAAGCAUUUUGAUGUGAUAGCUGAAGCUUAUCGGGAAGGAAAGUGCAAGCCAGAUCCUCGCAUCUACAAGCUGUGCUUGGAGCGCUUGGAUGUUCAGCCUCAGGAAUCCAUCUUCCUCGACAGCAGCAGCCAGAACCUGAAAGCAGCAGCUCAGCUUGGUAUUAAAACAGCGAAGGUUGAUGAUCUUGAAGUAGCAUUCAAAGAGCUGGAAACCUAUCUGGGUUUUCCUUUAAAAAGGUUUGUUCCAUAUACUCGUUCUAUGAGACCAACCAUGGAAAUUCCAAAAGACAGUCUGCAAAAGUACCUUGAAAACGUUUUCAGUGACCAGGCAACAGGUCUGCUGACGCUGUGGCAGUUUGGCUGUGGACAGUCUGCCCAGACCUAUUUUGUCAAGUUUGGAGAUCGUUUGGUGCUGAAGAAGGAACUCCUUGACAGUCUGCUUCCUUCAGGUCCUGCUGUUGGAAGGGAAUACAGGGUACUGAAGGCACUGAGGCUGGUGUUCCGUUCCUACUGUAAUUACAUCCAGCAGCAAGUUGAUACCUGGACAAAGCAGUAUCGAGCUACAGAACACGUUAUUCCAGCCAUGGAAAGACUCACUGAGUGGCUGCCUUUGCAUUUUCCUGAAUCUCAGAAGACAACAGUUGCGCAUGGCAAUUUCAGGCUGGACAACCUAAUCUUUCACCCAAAGAGGCCAGAAGUCCUUGCAGUCCUUGGCUGGAAGUUUUCAAUUCUAGGAAAUCCCAUCUCCAAUUUGGCAAAUAACUGGAUGCUUAUGGCUUACUUCUUGCCACCUCAGUUCGACCCAAUGAAAGGCUUGGCAAAAUACGAUUUGAGGCACCUGGGAGUCCCUACAGCAGAGGGGUAUUGCCAGAAGUACUGUGGCCACAUGGAGGAGCUCCCUGAGAACUGGAAUUUCUACGUGGCCUCUGCUUUCUUCAGACUGGCUGCAAUGCUGCAGGGACUCCACAAACAUUCUCUGACAGGGAGGCCAGCCUGAGGUAAAAGCUGUCUGGAGCAUGCAGAGUUUGUGGCUGAUCUGGCUUGGGAUUUUGCCAUAACAGAAGGAUCCCGUGUGUUUGACAGCCUCUCCAUUGCAAAGCCUUUUGCACAACAUUACAGUACCUGGGCCAGGCAAGGCUGUAGCAGGAGCCACAGUACCUGGACACAUCCUGGGACUGUCCCUGUGCCUGAAGUACCCCUGAUCACUUCCUUCAGCACAUUGGGGGUGGCCCAAUGUCUUAACUGCAAGCUGGCAAGGAUCUUGGAUGUCCAGUGGAGCUUUCUGAUUUCCCAGCCCAGAUGCACUCCACAUCCUGUUCUAGAAAAGAAGGUCUCUGGAGCAGAACAUCUCAGCAGUGUGUUCUCCAGCCCAGCACUCCACUCAGACCUGAGCCCUACAUCUGGCUGAAGUUCCCACAUGGUUCACAGGACAAUGUUCUCCAAACUGGAGCUGAGCCACUGCACUGGGGAGCCUUGGAACAUGUAACUAAAACUGCCCGUCUGGCAUGGAGAAGGUUGUGCUAUCUGCAGCCUUGAAGCUCGAGAAUUUCAGUGGUAUUUACUGUUAUCUGGGCUCAGUGCCUUUAUUGCCAGAUUCAAUAGGUACAGGGCAAAAUCCCUCCCUGGAUCAUGAUGCUGCAGACAAUCAGCAGCCUUGCAGUGGGGAGCACUGAUUAGAAACAGCCAGGCUGGGGUUGCAAGUCUUGGUUUUGGGAGUAUAGGAAGCAGAGUGGAGCAUCUCUCCUUAGCACAACGCCUCCAGCAAUCUGAGGGUGCCAGAACUCCAACAUUGAGAGGAAAUGAAUCACUGGCUUCAGAGCAGAUCAUGGAGCUGAGGUCCAUGGAACUGGGAGGACUCCCUGACCGUAUGACUGCAGUGGAUUUCUCUGGGUUUCUUUAGGGAUCUGGGAUGAUGUAAACCAGAUUAGUGGAGGCUUUCAGUGCUUCACAAAGAUCAGCAGCAGGGAAAAGACUGCGGGCUUGAUCAUAGUAAUUCCUGAGCUUUUUAUGAGUACACUGGUAUUAAUUUAAUAUUAAAGUGAUGGAUAUACUUCUUUGAAUUCA